CAUACUACUCGCGAAUAUCGUAUUGUCUAUAAAAGAGCGGCGCAGGCGCAUCGUGGCAAGCGAAAGCCAACGAAAAUGAAGGAGUUGGCAGUAUUAUUGCUGGUGGCUGCAGUGGCAGCUGAAGGUCCCUACGCACCGUCCGGAUGGAAGCCUGAUGGACCUGCGUUUGAACUUCCUUCACGACCAAAUCAUCAGGCACCGCAAAGCCCGUUCAUCCCCGUGGACCCCCGAAACCCGUCCUUCAGGCCUGACGUGGACGACGUGACGGUCCAGGGUCUCCCCGUGACGGAGGUGACCAGAGAGUUCAGCCAGUCACCGGUCAGCGGCCUGCAGUAUGACGGCAUCAGCAUCAAUGCAGCUCUUCAGAGCUUGAAUCAACAACUUCAUGGUGUUCAGUUUCAGAAACAAGUGGAGCAAUUUAACGACCUUGAAAAGCAACGUUAUGAAUUCUCCUUCACGCCUCUUCAGACAGGACAACCAGACAAACCUCUUAAGAAAACGACCCAAACUCAAGCACCCACAACAACUGAGGCAAACAAUGGAAAUGAUAUUCUUGAUGUUAACAGACCAAGUCCUCCUAAGCGUGAUGACGUAGAAGUAGAAGUAACAAAGCAACGCAUAGAAACAUAUCCACCAGAAGCAUUCUUGGCCCCUCUCACGCAAGUCAGCUUCCUAUCCAACCCUGGUGACAUAUUCCGUGUUCCAAUAACUCAACAGCUUAAUCAGAAUGUACUGCCAGCAAACUAUGCAAGCUUAGGGCCACUGACCGUAGACCCUACGUUAAGUCAACUGCAAGAACAAACUGUGUUUCCUGACAGGGAACUUCUAAGCAAAGGAUUUUUAGUUCCUGAUGUCCCGGAACAAAGAACAGGGUUCAUCAUUGCAAGAGAGCCAGUAUAUUCGCAAUACCAGCAGCAGACGCCAGUAUUUCUAGAACCACUGACCAUUCAACCAACUAAUGAGGCUGUACCAAUCACUCAAGCCCAACCCGCAUUAACUAUUCAACCCCAAAUAAAUCAGUAUCAAGGUCAAAGGAACAAUGAAAACGUACAAGCUAAAGAGGCAAAACAAAACAACAAUAAACCGGAGAAGAUUCGCCAGCAACCCAACCAACCGAAUGUUCAAUCUCAAGAAGACCAAGCUCAUCAACAAGCUGAGAUCAUUCACAAUCAGCAACUGCAAGAACUGGAAAGGCAAGUUGAACAAUACAAAGAGGCUCAAAACAUUCGCGCUCAGCUGAUACAAGCCCAACUACAACAGGCGCAGUUGAAUCAAGCUCAACAGGUUUUGCAGCAGCAGCAUCAGAAUGCAAUUCCAGUGCAGACGAUUCCCGUCGCUACAGCUCCAUUACACCAAGCGCCGUUGCAGCAGAUACCUGCAAACCAAGUCGGUUAUCAGGUACAAAUUAAUCAUGCUACGCCGCAACUCCUUGUAACUCAACCGAUCCAACCCGAGGCAGCGUCGGUCCAAGCAUCUUUGGAACAGCAGCACUUCAAUAGCCUUAAUCAAAUGGCCCAGCGUAAUCAGGCCGCCAAGUACCAACAACAAUUGAACCAGUAUCAUAAAUCAAACGGUAAUCAAGAGCAAUUUGACAGAAUACAGCAAGAGCAACAGGAAAAAGCUCGGCAAGAUGCUCUUAAUGAGCAGGGACAACAAAAACAAGUUGAGUUGUACUUGCAACAAUUGAAUAACGCUCAACUAGAACAAAUCAGGCAAGCUGAGGCGCAGCAAGUUAUUCAAGCAAGAGUAAACCAAGAGCAGCAUCUAGCAAGAGUAAACCAACAGCAGAAUGUAGCAAGAGUAAACCAACAUAUGGCUCAGCGCAACCGUCAGCCCCAGAUCAACAAAGGUAGACCCCAGUCCCAAAAGAUCCUUAUGAAGCUAGGCCCCAGACCAACGCAUCAGAAAAUCAGGAAUAAGGAAAACCUAUCUGAUGAAAGCAGCAGGGAAAGAGUAAACUCGAAAGCGCCAAAACAUUGGCCAGGAAGCAGUCAAAACUCUGCUAAUCAACCAGAAGAGAUAGAGUUCCAUUUACAACAGCCGGCACGAUCGAUGCUGCCUCUACAGCCCCAAUACUUCCAAGAUGAUUCGGGGCCUCCGCAACCCGUAUUUUACCGAGUGCAAGAUACUCGUACACCUCAGCAGUCUGAAGUGUCAUACCAGAGACAAAAGCACGAGCAGUCCCGGGAAUCUUUCCAACCCAUGGCGCAGCAACAACCACAAUUAUUGCAAGGCGAAGUUUUGUACCAACCUUAUCAACUCCGUGAUUCUAAAGUGCCCAAUGCCCAGAAUCAGUUCUUUAGUAAUCAGCCAAUGCAAGGUGAUGCAGUAUUUUAUUUGAGCCGUCAGGAGGCAGCACCAGUUAAUGUUAAUCAAAAUGGUGUGAGAAUGGAUCCUAAUGGGGGUGAAAAUGAUGGGAGUGUGGCCAUAGCUACAGCUACUGCAUUUGGUUCAAGGACGAGACCAAGGGUAAUGAACACACAAUACGGGCCUCCCCAGGGCGCUGUAUUGGAACCAUCAAAGGAAAGUGCAGUUCAAUCUCACGAAAACUCAAAAGAGAUGGAGUCGUCUGCAUCCAAAAUGAUGACCAGAAGAAAACACGCCAGGAUGAGGUCCACUCGUGUGCGCCCGCUGUACGUUGAGGAUGACACUGGACACUUCGUUAUGGCGUAGAAAACAAAAAAAAACAUUUAUGACUUAGUGCAUGCAUACUUGACCAGUCAUCAUUCUUAAACGCUGCCACUGAUGGGGUCACUACAUUAAUAUUGGAAAACGCGAGUUGUCAAGCAACCGUACAGCUGCCUUACCACCACCGUCACAUUAGCAUUUAACAGUCGAAUAAGCUCGCCUGUCAAACAUCUGUCAGAUCCAUACAAGUUACGUCAGAUUUCACAAGCGAGGGACGCUGCUAAGGAUUGUUUAUUGCUAAUGUGCGGUGGUAUUACGGUAGCAGUUAAUGCAACGAGAUAGAGUUGUGAUAAUAAGCAUUUUAGUUAGGCCCGGGUCUCCUAUUACGCGCCGUAGCUC